AUGGAGGGGACGCGCGACAACGAGAAAAUCAUCGCCUCCUUCUACAAUGCGCUCGCGGUGGGCGAUGCCGCGGCGGUCGGCGCGAUGAUCACCGAGGAUCUGGAGUGGCAAUUCCACGGCCCGCCCGCCCACCAGCAUCUCAUGCGAAUGCUCACUGGCGCGGAUCGCCCGGGCUCCUUCUCCUUCAAUCCCACCCGGAUUUGUAUGAUCGGGGACCGGAUCUUCGCCGAGGGCAAAUCCCAGGCGCCCAUGCGAGAAAUGGCCUCUCCGCCUCGCUCUAGCUCCGCGAGCAAUGCUUCCUCGAGUUCUUCCUCCUCUUCGUCGAGUUCUUCGUGGAGGUCUUCCUCCGCGGCGCCGUCGGCGCUGGAUCAAGAGAUCUGCUGGGUCCACAUAUGGACAAUCGACCCGAGCAGCUCGCGGAUCGUGGAGCUCAACGAGUGCUUCAACACGUCGGUGACCGUCACCGCCCCAUCCAGUUGCAACACAUUGUGGCAGAGCCAAGGAACGAGGCGAUCAAUGCCCGGCCUCGUCUUGGCAAUGUGA